AUGGCAAAUCACUUGAGAGAGAAGAGGCGAUUCACGCGUCUUUCACACCGCUGGACGACUACGCCUCAGCAAAGCAGCUUGCAAAGACUCUCCUUUAAAUACAAUGCCACUGUUCAGUUGCUGCUGCCUACCAGUUCACUCUUGCUUGAUAUUGAAGGAACCAACAACGCCGAUCACUUUGUAAAGAUCAUCUUAUUUCCGUACAUCAGGGAGCACCUCCGAGAGAUUAACUUUCCACUCCACUGGAAAAGAACGACGUGCAAACCAAGAUGUCCAUCUCUUAAAAUUGAAGAGGACAUGAAACAGAACCGAAAAUUCGCGCCCCGUCCACACGUGGACCAAGACGGUCCACACAACGAAGAUGAAGGCCAUUAGCGGAAGUAGUGUGAUAAUUUGCUGUGGCAGAUGGCAGCAGACAGGAAGUCGACAGCACUCAAACAGCUCCAGUCACAUGUGGGAGGCGAAGCUUAUUCUUCUGGGAGAAUCAAAGGCGAGAUCUACCAGGAUGUAAUCCCAUCCAUCAAAAGAUGGAAAGAACAAGGAUUAAAAGUGUUUUACUCCUCUGGAACGUGGAGGCACCAGAAACUUCUGUUUGGAUACUCCGUGCGAAGGAGAUUGUUUUCAGAUGGUAAACAAUGUACAAACUAUGGAAGCUAUAGAAGUCAAAACUAUGGAGUGAGAAUUGCUGGUAGGAUUGGCUGUCAGUCGAGCCCGGAGGAGAUAACAGUCUUGACAGACGUCACUCGAGAGGCCAAAGCAGCCGAAGAAGCCGGGUUCAACGUGGUGGUGGUGGUCCGGCCCGGGAACAUGGAGCUGACAGACGACGAGAGGGCCCACUAUAACCUCAUUACGACCUUUAGCCAACUUGAACUGACGGGACGUGUUUAACACAAGAACUUCUCUGACUUCAUUUCAUAACGAUCUGUUCCUUCUCCUCUUUGCCUCCCCCCACCCUCCUCCCUCCUUUUUUUU